AUGAGGCUACACUGUAGUAUCUGUCAAGAGCACCAUCCCCUGGAGCUCUUCCGCUUUCUUCCCUGCGGACACGGGUUCUGCAUAGAUAGUCUGCAACGCUACACAGCUAGUGAACGAAAACCCUGCCCCACAUGCCGGCAGCCAUUUCGGAUACGCGACGCACACGCAAUCUACAUCGAGAGCUUCGACACGGACCCUCAUGCACCUCCGACGCAACUUCUCAAUGAAGAAAGCACCUUGCCGUACACAGACGACGUCCUGCGCCAGGCAAGCUAUGCAAAAGAGAUCGCGGCGCUUCGAAAAGAUUUGCGUGCAGCAGAUGCAGCGAAGAAUCGCAUGCAUCAGGAGAAGGACCAAGCACAGCGACUCGCAAGCCAGGCCGUCGACACCGCAGAUCAGGCAAGGCGCGAAGUGGUCAUUCUGAGGGGAGAGAAGGAUGCCUUGAAGAAGCGCAUUGAUGUGCAGGCGCGAGACUUGGGAGAGCAGCUCGCUGAGAAGACACGCGAUCGCACCAAUCUAUGCGACAUGAUUGUGGCUCACAAGGAAAAGGAAGCGAAGCAGAAAGCGAAGAUCGCAGUCCUCAGGCAGGAGCUUGCAGAGCUCCAGUCGACCCGAAAGCCCAGCCACCAAGCAACCCCUCGCACGCCGAUCCAGUAUCCAAAGUCAUCAUGGCAGAGCUUCGAUCGCCUAGACUUUGAAGACGGCGACCUAGAUGUGCUGGCAGCCUCGCCGUCCCCACAGUCGCUCCAAGUGGUCAGCACAUCCUACAACUCCGACUCCGAGCUCGAUUAUGGAAACCCCGAACGAGAACCCAUCCCAGCGCUCUUCCCCGUACCGACCAACCUGCCAGAGCCUCCCGCGCCUCAGCGGCCCACGUUCCCUACGGACUGGAGCCUGAGGCCGCCGGAGCGUAGAGGAAAGCGCAAACGAGUCGAGUCGUCGGAGAAUCCGUUCGGCAAUCCUCCGACGUUUCCGAUCGCGCUGGAUGAGAGAGGGAGACCGAAGGGCGCUGUGCAGUUGGGCCCGAGGCAGAAACACAGAGCUGGGUGA